AUGAAGCGAGGUGGGAACCGACUGUCUGCAGGCUGCCUUACAUCAGCCGAUGCUGUAUGUUCCGUCUGGUGCAAGGAGAUGCCUGUGUUUGUGUGCGUGUUGACAUACAUCCCCGGGCUAUCUCAGACCGUCCUGGGGCUGUACUCCUCCGGUCACGGAUCGGGAGGCUGGUGUGGAGGACGUGAUAAAGAGAAGGAUCGGAGGGAUCCUGGACCUCAUCGGGACCGGAGGCAUGUCGUAAUCGCCCGGUUGCCAAGACGGCAGACGAUCACACUGCCCAAGGCUGUGCAAAAAACCUGUGCCUGUCGAGGCGUCGAGACCUUGAAAAAACGACUGGACGGGGUUCAUAAACUGGCUGCAAUGGUACCCGAAGAAGGUAUUCAAGUGGUGCACCAACAGCGCCCUCCUUUGGCCUCUGAUUAA